AUAUAUAAUAGAUAAUACACACACAUAAAUGUUAUACAAACAAAACAAGUAACAAUCAAACAAAUAUGGCUUCCAAAACCAAAACCUCUCCAUUCAUGCUCUUCUCAGUCCUCUGUUUCCUCUUCAAUCUCCGAUUCUCCACCGCUCAAACUACAGUCAAAGGAUCUUAUUGGUAUUAUGGAACAGAGUUUCCUGUUUCCAACAUUAACUCAUCUCUUUUCACCCAUCUUUUCUGUGCUUUCGCCGAUCUCAAUUCCACCACAUACCGAGUCACCAUUCCCAACUCAGUUUCAACUCAAUUCUCCACAUUCACCACAACAGUUCAGCAAAAGAACCCUUCCGUGAAAACCCUUCUUUCCAUAGGUGGAGGAGGACCAAAUAUCACCGCUACCUUUGCCUCCAUGGCGAGUCAACCCAGUCGCCGGAACUCGUUCAUCGACUCGUCCAUAAAGCUAGCAAGGAAUUACAGCUUCCACGGCCUCGACCUCGAUUGGGAGUACCCAUCCACUGCCACAGAGAUUUCCAACUUCGGAAAACUCCUCCUCGAAUGGAGAACCGCCGUCGCCAACGAGUCCCGAACUUCCGGCAAAACUGCAUUACUCUUAUCAGCUGCAGUUUUCCGUUCAUCGAAUUACUAUUCACUAGAUUUGCCUGUUCAGAAUAUCUCAAACAGUUUAGAUUGGAUAAACGUAAUGAGUUACGAUUUCUACGGCCCGGGCUGGUCGCCGAACUUUACAGCGCCGCCGGCGGCUCUGUAUAACGCGACGGCGAGUCAAGUCAACGGUGCUGCAGGGAUCAGAGAUUGGAUUAGGGCGGGUUUUCCGGCUAGAAAGAUGGCUUUGGGGAUUCCGUUUUACGGGUACGCUUGGCGUUUGGUGAAUUCUAAUAACAAUGGUCUUUUUGCUCCGGCGAACGGAGCCGGCUUACCGGGGGACGGAGAUAUUGGUUAUAAUAAUAUAAGGAGUUUUAUCAGUGAGAAUAAUGGUCGGAGUGUUUUCAAUAUGAGUGUGGUGAGUGAUUAUUGUUAUUCAGGGACUACUUGGAUUGGUUAUGAUGAUGAGGACUGGAGUGUCUCUACCAAAGUUAGCUAUGCUAAGACCCAAGGAUUGCUUGGCUAUUUUUCUUGGAAUGUUGGGUCUGAUUACAAUUGGACUCUUUCACAAACAGCUUUUAAUGCAUGGGGAACAUAGAGAUUUUGGAGUUUUGAGCUUCGGUUCUUGGCACCAUUGUCCAUUUUUAUUAUCUAUAAAUUUAGAGCAAUGUUAUACAUGUUCAGAUAUCAUGAAUUAGUAUCUUAAAUAAUGUGGCAAUGUUUAUAUUUUGAAA